AGGGAGGUGAAAUGUGGCCCAACAGGUCUGAUGGGAGCUCACAGCCUGCGUGGUUGCUGAGAGACUGACAAGCCUGUCAAGCCAGGUGGACUGUGCAGCAGCAGCCAGGCUGGGAAUCGAACAAUGUCCCUGCUGUGCUGCUGUUCCUGAGUGUGAACUUGUGCAGCUAUAGCGUGACCCUCACCAUACUUUAACAAGAGUGGAAUUUCCCCUGCUCCACGGUGCCUAUGAGAGUUGGAGUGCAACUCAGGAAGGAGCAGUGAGAGGAAGAGUGGGAGGAGGGUCUGCUGGGCUGGGAAGGGGGGCGAGACGCACCGUGGAGCCGUGGAGUGGACACAAGAGGAGACAUGCUUCACUACGGGCUUGGACGAACGUUUUCCAGCACCACAACUACCGCGGACUCUCCGGAGUCCAGCAGUGAGAGGACAAUCCGACGCCUCCGGUUGACGCUCCACGCAGGCGAUGACGCAAACAAGGAGCCCAGAUCUGCUUUUUCGGAUGCGGAUGACAAAGAUGGCUGGAAAAAAAGGAAUGGGCUCAUCCAAAGGGAGAGGCCAGCUGGUAGAGAGUCACCCAAGCAGCACCUCGGCGACAUGACCAAUGGGCUGCCAGAGCCCUCGCUGCAGCAUCGUGGCCCCAAAAUGUAUGGCAUAGUGCAAAGGAACAACACGGACAGACAACAGGAAGUGAUGGCGCGCGAGUGGACUGUCCAUCACCUUCAUGAUGAAAUGAGGUACAUCAGGGAGGUGAGAGAUUCUUUAGAGAAGGUCAGAGAGCGCAUGUAUGGCCAGUUUGGAGGCAUGCAGCAAUCUGUGCACAAGCUCUCCCAGGAAAUAAGGGUUGCCAACUCCCGCCGCAGGAAUCUGGAGUCCGAGGUAAAGGUUCGCACGGCAGCCAUGGAGAAAUUUGAUCAGAUGAACAGCUCACUUAUAUCAGCCAACAUUGGCCUGCAGAAAUCCCUCCUGGAGAACUGCCAGACCCGAGUGGACGUGAGGGAGGACAUGAAGAGUUUACGCAGCACCUGUGUGAGAACACAAGAACAGCUGAGAGACAAGGAGAGAGAGCUCGCUGCGGCACACGCCGAAAACCAAAAUCUGAGACUUCAGGUGGAGUCUUCACGGGAGGCCAACAGCAAGGCCCUAAUGGAGCUCUCCAUGGCGCUCCAAAGGGACUACGACAAAAAGCUGCUGGAAGAGCGAAGGAAACACAGGGAGGAGAUUGAAAUACUCCAGGUCAAACUGGAUGAGUACAUCAGACGGCUAGAGGAAGCAGAGCUGAACAUCAAAAUUGCAGAGGCCAAAAUUGCAGAAAGGGAUGAUAGGAUCUGUGAACUGGAGCGCCUACUUGACUGCAUGGGAACGGAAAAGAGUCAACUCCAACAAAAACUGCAGGAAUGUGAGCGCUUCUUGGAGCAGAGUGAUACAACAGACGGAGCUGCAGCCAUAAGGUCCCAAGAUCUGCAAAGUGAAGCUGGAAGUCUCAGAGAGAGAAUCAAACACUUAAAUGACAUGAUCUUCUGCCAACAGCGGAAGGUCAAAGGGAUGAUUGAGGAGGUGCAAACACUACGAGCUCAAGUCGCUCAGAAGGAUAUGUUCAUCUCAGAGCUGCUGGACCGAAUUGCAAUAGUGGAGUGUGAGAAUAAUGAAUUAGAAGACAAGCUCAAGUAUUUUAUGUCCACACAGAACAGGGAACAAGAAGAUGUGGACAUUGGGGAGAAAAGACUAGUCUGCAAUAUUCUCCCAAGAGUUGAAGAAGUGCCAUGGCAUGAUGUUGAACUUCCUAUUCUGCCUGAACUGAGUCAUCUCCAUCCCAUAGAACACCCCCCACCUGAUCCAUCACCAUUUGCCAUACCACCUCCACCGCAAAUGCCGCCUCCAUUACCGCCAGAACCUCCAUUAUCACCCACACAACCUCCAUUAUCACCCACACAACCUCCAUUACCACCACUACCUUCAUCCCCUACACCACCUUCAUCACCCACCCAAACAACACUCCCCAUGCAACCUCCACCAUCUCCCACAGAACCAUCAGCCCUACCUCCUAUCCAGCAGCCUUCACUCUACCAAACAAUGCCCACACAACUAAGGACAUUUAGGCCUAACAACCCUCCGCCCAGCAGGCUGGAGUCCAGUUUACUUCGCUACACACCCGUUGAGUACAGUCGCUUCUUAGAGUCCAACCCGACACCGCAAAGCGAAAGGUUCUACUCCAGCCGAAACUCAUUUGAAUCGCAAACUUCAGAGAGCCAGCUCAGAGACGAGGUGGACGCUGAGUCGCAGUCAAAUCAAGACAAAUCUUCAACGUCGUCUAGAAGACCAAGGAUACGCUGCCUCAAUACACCAUUCAUGAAAUUAAUGGAAAUAACAGCUAAUAUAAACAUACAGUGAUACACCAGGAUCAAUCACUUAUGGAGAUAAGUUAUUUUGGUAACACUUAACAGUAAGGUACACAAAACUACAGUAGUUAAUGAGGAACGAACCUACCUAACCCUAACCCCGACCACUAUUCAUUAGUUACUCAUUAGUUCUUCAUUAGUUCCUCAGUAACUACUCUACAUUUAUGUGCCUUACUCAUUAGUUCUUCAUUAGUUCCUCAGUAACUACUCUAAAUUUAUUUGCCUUAGUCAUUAGUUCCUCAUUAGUUCUUCAUUAGUUCCUCAGUAACUACUCUAAAUUUAUUUGCCUUAGUCAUUAGUUCCUCAUUAGUUCCUCAGUAACUAGUCUAAAUGUAUGUGCCUUAGUCAUUAGUUCCUCAUUAGUUCUUCAUUAGUUCCUCAGUAACUACUCUAAAUUUAAUUGCCUUAGUCAUUAGUUCCUCAUUAGUUCAUUAGUUCCUCAGUAACUAGUCUAAAUUUAUGUGCCUUAGUCAUUAGUUCCUCAUUAAUUCUUCAUUAGUUCCUCAGUAACUACUCUAAAUGUACAUGCCUUAGUCAUUAGUUCCUCAUUAGUUCUUCAUUAGUAACUACUCAAGUUCAUUAGUAACUACUCAAAUUACAGUAACUACUCAAAAUGUAUUUGCCUUCGUCAUUAGUUCCUCAGUAACCACUCUAAAUUUAUGUGCCUUAGUCAUUCGUUCCUCAUUGCUCAGUAACUACUGUAUUUUUGUGUACCUUUAUUGUGAAGUGUGACUGUUUUUUUUUUUUUUAAAUAAGAAGUAGGAAGUUACAGCUAGCAGCCCCUUAGCGUAACAAAGAAAGACAAUUACAGGUAAAAUUACUUAGCCUGGUUUUGAAAAAUAAAAAAUCUCAGAAUUUUCAAAUGUGAGUUAUUGCUAUGGGCGCCAUUGUGAAAAAGUGAAAAAUGGAAGAGCAGUAUAAAAAAUUAGCAGCAUAAAAAAUGAUAUUGGUAGAAACCUUGGAUGACAGCACAUUAUUUUGUAUGAGUUGCAAUCACAUUUACUGUGUACCACCUCUCCUAUUUACAAACAUUUUUGAAGUGCACAGACCUAUAAAGGAGUUGAUGUUUAUUUUCUUACAGUCAGAGCCCAGUUUACAUUUUACACUCGUUUCCAUCUUUUGUGCUAAGUUACACAAGCUGGCUUUCUGUACAAAAAGAAGUAGCUAAUUCUUUUAGCAAAACGAAUUUAAUAAUACGCAACAACACUGUAUGUUUACUUUUAUGAAUUCCUUCUAUUAUUUUAUUCCUAAUUUCGCUGCCCAGUUGGUGAAAAAUAUGAUUCGAAAUGAAGUUUAGAAUCUUUUGCCUUUGUUUGCACAAAGCACUAUAUACUGUAUAAUAUAAUAUGAAGUUAUAAACUGUAGGUGUACAUAAUCUCAUAUGAAGAGACAUAUUUUGUAAAUGCAGUAGUAUUUUUGAGGACUAUGUUUUAUGUGUGUAUUUUCUUAUUUUGUAUUGGCUCUGUAUGAAUUAAAAUUAUAUUUGUUAUGUUCA